AUGCCCUCAGCCGACGAAUGGCGGUUGGUUCCUCCCGAGUCUGUUCGCCGCUUGCUCGCGCCGGAUAACAUGGACCACUCCUCUGAGCGUCUGCUCGCACUCGACGCAGUUGUAAUGCAGCUGGAGGCAGCUGUACCUUCCCUUCUCGCUCAGAUCAAGCGCGUCCGAAACAACCCCAGCUCUCUGUGUCGCAUCCCUGCAGAGAUAAUCUGCCAUAUCAUCUCCUUCGCUAAGGUCGACUACGGAUGGCCAAGAAUCCAGAGCGAGCCAGUCGGCAAUGGAGACGAUGCAACGGGGGAGCUGGGUGCAACAACCAGCUCAAAACUCGGUUGGCUUGUACUCACGCACGUAUGCUCCCGUUGGAGAGAGGUCGCUAUAGGCUCAGCUCAUCUUUGGACGGACCCGAGCGAUUACUUUGCGCUCCCUCCUGUCCUCUUGCGCCUGAUCCUCGAGAGGGCGCGAAAGCUCCCAUUUCAUCUGGAGCUCUCGGCGAUCAGUCUCUAUCGUCUCGGCAUGACGACCGAGACAGUUCAAAUGCCCCGGCGCGACGUACCCAUCGAGGUGCUACGGUUCCUCUCUUUCACCGCCAAGGAUUUCGCCUUCGUUAUGCACGAGUACCUUCCCGUCGACUCGUUUCAACAUCUUCAUCGGCUUACCGUCAGCAUAUUCCUCGACGAGGGCGAAGAGCCGGCGCUACUUCCCACCGCGUUCUUAUCGUGCUCUUCCAUGACCCACCUCAGUCUCAACAAUUGUCUUCCUUCGCGCUGGGAUAUCCCCUUGUUCGGACCCCGUCUCACCCAUCUGUCACUCUCGUACGUCGGAAGGCCGGAGAUUCCCCAUCUUAUGCCCUCGACGCUGGAAUUCGCCCGUAUCUUAUCCACCGCUGCGCUCAAGGUUCUUGCCAUCGAUGGUAUUCACCUUCAAGACCCCCCCGUUCCGUCUCCGUCGAUCACACUACCGUCGGAUUUGUGCUCGAUGGAUGUCUUCAGCUGGCGUAAUGCUACGCAGCAUCGCGAUUCUCUGGCAUUACUUGAGAAACUCAUCUUCCAGCAUCGUGGGAUACGCAUGGAGGUUUCUCUUGGACUUCACGGUGGCGAUCAUACGGACGGCAGUAUCGCGUACGACCCGAGCACCGCGAAGAAGAUGCUAUCCCUCACUCGUUCAGCGCUACACAAUAUCUACCGGCAACAACUGAACCCUCCCAAGCACCUCAUCCUCGGAUACAAGUCGUUCCUCACGCACGACUCCGAGAUUGAAUGUUCGGAGAAACUGGCUUGGCCCAUCUCUACGAUGCAGUGCAUGUACAUGGACAUACCAGGCGCGAACUCUCUUCUCAACUUCAACCUCGAUGUCGUGUCUAUCGACGACACGUUCCUCUUUGACGGUGGCUCCAUACCAUUUUCUCUCCACGAUCUUCGUUCCGUGUCCCUCGAUUCCUCCGGAGCGGAGACUUAUCUCGCACGGGACAGUUGGUGGCGCGCGAUGAGGCAGGCCGCAGACGUCCACCGCAUUAGUCUCUACUUCAGUGACUGCGUGUUGUUGCUGCCGCUCGCCGGAACCGUGUCCCAGGACGGCGCCACCGUCUUCACGAUGUUCCCCCGCCUCAAGGUCAUACACGUCCACCUCGAGGAAAUCUUCAUCGACGAAGACGGUGCGGUAUUAGACGAAGCGAACGCGGAGUGCACGCGAAUCCUCACGGUCAUUCGGACCAUAGCCCGUGUGCGGAGAGAGCAUAGUGAAGAAACGCGUUUAGAAUCGCUGGUCGUCGAUAGCGCGUUGAGCGGGUGGACAGCAUGGGACACCGUUGCGGUCCAUGUUCCGGUCAGCUUCUGCCAAUUCUAUUCUCCCUAUUGCAGCGCUUCACCAUCAUUGUUCUCAUCUUAA